AAAUGAUGCAUUACAUAUGACAUUUCAAAUGUUCAUUAAUGAUCAUAAAGAACUUCAACAUUCUCUUAAAGUUGCAUUCGAUAAAUUUGCAAAUUCUUGGAAUGCUGUAAUGCCGUUUAUUGAUAGAUAUCAAUGCCAUGAUUUACCUAGAAAAAAACCCAAGAUGAAUUUGGAAUGCCAAGUUGUCUUUGGCCUUGUAGAAGGCAAGAAUGAAGGUAUAUUUUUAUGUGCGGUGUUGGAAUAUCUAGUUAACCUUCAAAACGAAUUCUUACACGACGUUAUGAAUAUCCAACCUGGAACAUGCCAUUCAUUAAAAUUUAUUGAGCGACAGACUGAGCUUGGUCAGAAUACAAACAGCCCAUAUCUCAUCAAAUCUGUACGACUUGAAGAUGCUAGACAAGCCAAUUUCAUCGAUUUUGAAUGGAAUCCAAAAUUUUUAGAAUAUAGUCAACACAACCUUGAUGUUGGUAGAGGACAGGAAAUUAUUUAUGAUAUUUAUAGAAUCGAAGCAGAACUUGUAAAAAAUCUUAUAUUCAAUAAGACUUGUUUAGAGCAUAGUGAACCAGGUGGACUAAUAUUAGAACCAUUCUCCUACUGUAUGGAAAUGUUCCAAAGUUCUACAACUAUAUUGGAUGACAUUAAGCAAAAGAUUAAACAGGAGUUUAUACCACAAGAAAUGUUGACAUUACUCACUGGUGGAGUAUCAUCAAGCUAUCCUUCUGAAGUUGGUAGUAGUACUGGAAAUGCUGAGAUAAUAUUAACAGGCAAUGAAUCCGAUCUAUUAUCUGCUUUGGAAUUGCUUUUAUGUUUCGUUAAAAGAACUGCAGGCAGUGACGGAAAGAUAACACUUAAGAAUUAUAUUCAGCAUUGGGUAAAACUCUCUGUUCUCACUGAAAAUAAGGCACUAGAAAAAGUGCUGAAUACUGGUUUACAACUCAAGCAUGUUAUUGCACUUUAUGAAAUUGUCGAAGGAAAAGUUGCAGACGUAAUGAUAGAAAGCAUUGCAAUGAAAUAUAAAGCUAAUCUUACAGAAGAAAUAGAAAAUGAGAUAUUAAAAUUUUGCUCUUUUAAUGAAAAAGAUAAUAAAUUUGAUCUUACUUUUGCUGAGUCAUUUAUGAAUGCAUUAAAGAGAUUCAUGUUUCGUCAGUUAUUAGUAGGAACUAUACCAGAAGAUCACCC